AAUGUUGUAGUUAUAGCAGCCACCAAAAAUUCAGAACUAUCCUGGAAAGAGAGUAUUAAAUUAUACAUUUCUCAAAGAGUUGGGAUAAGGUUCAUUUGGUUAAGUAAGUAAAUUUAAAUUACAUAUAGGUCUUUUCUGCCAAAGUUGACAAGACAUAAGAUUUGGUAGCUAUUAAAUGCGUUUCAAAGGCAAAAUUAAGUGAGAGUAGGGGAAUUGUUGGUUAGUUAUUAGAAAGUGAAAUUGCAGUAUUAAGAUAAAUCAACAGUGAACAUGUAAUAAAAUUCAUUGAAUUCUUUUAAUCAGAGAAUUAAUGCUACAUCGUUUUGGAAUUUUGCAAUUGUAAUAUAUCAUUUCUAUUAUUAAGCUGGUGAUUUUGAAUAAUUGUGGAAUAGGAGAGGGAAAAAGAUACCUGAAAAUGAAGUUAUUGCUUAUAUGAAAUAGGUUUUGGCUGGAAUGUAAGCUUUACAUGAGAAGAAUAUCUUACAUAGAGAUAUAAAAUUACCUAAUAUUUUAAUUCAUAAUUCUACUUUAAAAAUUGCUGAUCUAGGAUUCUGUAAAUAAUUGAAGGACCAAAAUCAACAUGAAAAUCUGAUUCUAGGUUCCUUAGGUAAUAUGGCACCUGAAAUUAUUGAACAAAAACCCUAUGGCAUGGCUGCAGAUAUGUUUUCUAUUGGCAGUAUGUUUUAUUAAUUACUUUUUGGAUGUUUUCCCUUUACUAAUAUAAAUGAAAAGGCAUUUUUGUAAGAUAUCCGAACAAGUAGACUUAAAUAUAAUUACUAGAUAAACCUAAUUUUAAAAGAAAUGGAGUUUCAAUUUCUACUUAAUUAGAAUGGUUGUUGUAUAAAAUGUUAAUGAAGGAUCCUAGAGAUAGGUUGAAAUGGUCUGAAUUAUAUUCGCAUCCUUUGAUGAAAUAGAAAGAAAUGAGUAAAUACUUAUUAUGAUAUAGGAUAUUAAUAACUAUCACUUAAUUUAUUAUAAGCUGAAUAAAUUAAUGUUGAGAAAAUUGGGAAAUUCUAUUAAAAUUAAGUUCAAUAGGAUACUUUUGAAAAUCCUGAUGAUUUCAUGAAAUAGUUAGAAAAUAUGAAAGAAUAGCAUAUUCUUAAAUAAAAUAAGUAGGUUAACAUAAAGGAGACUGAAUUAUUACCAGAUCUCUAAGAUGAAUAAGUUAAAUUAGAAAUUUCAUAGACUGAAAAAUAGAUUGAGGAUUUGAAAAAAGUUGAAGAAUUAAUAGAGAAAUACAUGAGAUUAAGAGAUUAAAUUGUAUAUUUAUCAAGGACACUAAAUGAAAUAAAUACUUUAAUUUCUGAAAAAUAUUCAGCCUUUCCAUUUUUAUUAUUGAUCAAAAAGAUAUAUUUAUUAAAUGAUUCAUUAACAAAGGUUUUGUUAGACAAGUAAAAUUUAUUUAAAGCGCCAGAUUUAUUAGAAAAAGUUUAUUAACAUCCUUAUUUUUAAAAAUUCAUAUCAUAAAUGCUGGAUGAUUAAUAAUUUUAUGAAAGUCUAUUAUAAUUUGCAUUAAAAAGUGCAAAGUAAUUCAUUAUUAUAAAGUAGAUCUUUUUGGGAUGAGAUUUAAGAUAAAAAUUGGUAAAAAGAAAUGACAAUAGACUUUUCAAGUCAAUUUAAUUAAAAUUUUAAGGAAAUUUUGAGUGAUUUCAUAAUUAGAACAUUGUCUGAAAAGAAAGAAAAGGAGAAGGAUCCAAAAAUAAUAGAAUAAUAUAUCGAAUUAUAAAUUCAUUUAAUUGAUUGUUGUUGUUAUGAUAAAGUUUAUUAGAAUGAUAACGUAAAACUUAUAUUAAAUAUAAAUAGAAAAUAAAUAUCACAGAAUAAUUUGAUGCUUUAUAUGAGAAACCUUUAAAAAUAAAGAAUGACAUAUUUACAGAAAAAGUGUAAUUAUUAUUUUUAUGA